AUGCGGGGAACCACAAUGUCCCGCCUGGGCAUGCCCGACAUGGGCCUCGCAACCAUGCCGGACAUGCUCGCCAAUGCGUCGAUGUUAGCCUCCAUCUCUCCGUCCACGCCGCUCAUCGCGGACGCAGACACAGGGUACGGCUCCGCACUGAUGGUCGCCCGCACAGUAACAUCUUACAUUCGUGCUGGCGUCGCGGGCCUCCAUCUCGAAGACCAAGUCGUUACCAAGCGCUGCGGACACCUCCGCGGCAAGCAGCUCGUCGAUGUAGAAGAGUUCGUGAGCCGCAUCCGCGCAACCGUCAUGGCGCGGGAGCAAAGCGGCGGGGACAUAGUGAUCAUUGCCCGAACGGACGCGCUCGCAGGCGAGGGCUAUGCCUCAGCGCUUCAGAGACUACGCGCCGCCGUUGCUGCGGGCGCAGAAGUCGCCUUCCUCGAGGGCGUGACGACGCGGGCGGAAGCGGAGAGCCUGACGCGCGACCUGGCGCCUACGCCGUGUCUGUUCAACAACGUGCCUGCAGGCGUGUCGCCGGAUUUUAGUGUCAAGGAGGCGAGAGAGAUAGGUUACAAGAUUGCUAUCUUCCCGCUGUUGGCACUCGAGGUGGUGUAUCCAGCUGUGCGGAACGCUUGUAGGGCGCUCCUGAGUGAUGGAAAUGUGAAGAGCGUGGAGAAGGAUGGAAAGAGGUGGGGUCCGAGGGAGUUGUUCAAUGUGUGCGGGUUGGAUGAGUUGAUGGAGUUUGACCGGAAAGCUGGUGGGAGGGGAUACAUCGAAGACGCGUAG